CUAGAGAGCAGCAAAUAAAGAGCAGCAGCUCUCAAGGCCGCAUCUUUCUCUUUAGACCCUUUCGUCCCUCUUAAUUCUCUGAGAAAAAAGAGUAGAAUUAACAAAGAGAAAGAAGACGAUGGGAAGCGUUAAGGACUUGAAAUCGAAGCAGGAGCUCGACGAAGCUCUCAAUGGAUCGUCGCCGGUCGUCCUCCACUUCUGGGCGUCGUGGUGCGAGGCCUCGAAGCAGAUGGAUCAAGUCUUCUCCCAUCUCUCCACCGAUUUCCCUCACGCUCUCUUCUUUAGGGUUGAAGCAGAAGAGCAGCCAGAAAUUUCAGAGGCUUAUGCAGUUUCAGCAGUGCCAUAUUUUGUCCUCUGCAAGGAUGGUAAAACCGUUGACACACUGGAGGGUGCAAAUCCGUCUAGUUUGGCUAACAAAGUCGCAAAAAUUGUUGGAUCUGCUGACAAUGCAAAAUCAGCUGCACCAGCGAGUCUAGGAUUGGCUGCUGGACCUGCAGUUCUUGAAACAGUUAAAGAGUUAGCAAAGGAUAACGGAUCCUCCCACUCCGUAACUCCAAGCUCAGGACUUUCAAACUCACUGAAGAACCGACUUCAGCAGCUUGUGCACUCUCACCAUGUGUUUUUAUUUAUGAAAGGAACUCCUGAGCAGCCCAAGGUUUUAAUUUUAUGGAGAACAUCCUCUGUGCACCCCAAGGUGUGGCUUCAGCAGGAAGUGGUUGAUAUUUUGGAAGAGACUGACAACGAGGUGAGAGAAGGAAUGAAGCAAUUUUCAAAUUGGCCUACUUUUCCCCAGCUUUAUUGCAAAGGAGAACUUGUUGGUGGCUGUGACAUUAUAGUUGCUAUGCAUGAAAGUGAAGAAUUGAAGGAUGUAUUCAUAGAUCAUGGAAUUCCUGUUAUUUCCAAAGAAACUAAGGGCUCAGCAAAGAGCGGGGGUAUCUCUGACGCCUCAGGCUUGAGUGCUGCCUUGAGUUCUCGCCUUGAAACCCUAAUCGCUUCAAGCCCUGUCAUGUUGUUUAUGAAAGGUAAACCAGAGGAGCCUAAGUGUGGCUUUAGUGGAAAAGUCGUUGAAAUCCUUAAGGAAGAAAAGAUUACAUUUGGGUCCUUUGAUAUUCUCUCUGAUGAUGAAGUGAGGCAGGGGCUCAAAGUGUUAUCUAACUGGUCUAGCUAUCCGCAACUUUAUAUAAAAGGUGAGCUAAUUGGGGGAUCUGAUAUAGUGCUGGAGAUGCAAAAGAGUGGUGAACUGAAGAAAGUUUUAGCUGAGAAAGGGAUACUUCCAUCUGAGACACUUGAGGACAGGCUUAAGAAUCUCAUCUCAGCAUCGAGUACAAUGCUUUUUAUGAAGGGCACCCCUGAUGCUCCUCGUUGCGGUUUUAGCUCAAAGGUAGUGGAUGCGCUUAAGAAGGAAGGGGUUAGGUUUGGGUCGUUUGACAUUCUGAGUGAUGAGGAAGUUAGGCAAGGACUGAAGACUUAUUCAAAUUGGCCAACAUUUCCUCAGCUGUACUACAAAGGUGAGCUGAUUGGUGGCUGUGAUAUUAUACUGGAACUGUAUAACAAUGGGGAGCUCAAAUCAACUCUUUCUGAGUAGGCGGAAUUUAGGUGAACAAAUAUGAGUCCUCACCUUUUAUGAAUAUGAUGAUCACUUUUUCUUCUGGAGUCGAUGAAAAUGUUUCUUGCCGAUUAUUUGACGUCGUAUAUUGCAUCACUGUUAUUUAUUUGGUACUCUGAAAUCUAGGAGUAUAUGCCAUAAAAGACUUCUGCUUGGGGAUAUCUAAAGUGAUUGUUAUUGCUGUCUAUUUUAUUGCUCCAUGUUUCUUAGUAGAUGGACUGGUAGCGUGAUGUGGUGAAACAACUGCUUUUUCGAAAUAUUGUGAGCUUUCGGUUGGAUGAAA